AUGGAUAGCCACGAUUCUCACGAUGCGAAACAAAGCCCUGCUGAUAUGACAGCAUUUGUGCAAAAUCUUCUUCAGCAGAUGCAAGGUAGGUUCCAGACCAUGUCGGACUCCAUUAUUACAAAGAUUGAUGAUAUGGGAUGUCGUAUAAAUGAGUUGGAGCAGACCAUCACUGAGCUGAGAGCUGAGAUAGGAGUGGAGCUCUCUCAAGCACAAGCAGCAAAGGAACAAGAGUCGAACAAGGAAGAGGGUUCAUCUUAA